AUGGACUUGACUUUCGACGAAAAGAAAGUCGCCCAAUGGGUGGUAGGUUCUGCUGUCGACGGCCUCAGAUACCUCCAGCGUCACGCUGAAAUCGACGGAUCUCGCAAUCCAACGACGAUCCGUCGUCCUCUAACCGACGAGCCAAGACCCCAUGUUACCCGUAAAAAGAACGAGGUCAUCGUGUCGAAGACCAGCGGAGCGGCCGACAAAUCCAAGAAUCGACUAAAAAAGCAAUCCAAGAAGCUCGACGAAGAGCGCACUAAGGCGCGAGAUGAUGCCGAGAUUGAAAUAUCCAUGGACAACGUCCUCGAGCCUACUGAACCUCGUGCUGAGCCUGCGUCCUUGGCAGCUCCUAUCAUAUCAGCGGACGACGAUUCGGAUGCCAAUAGCGAAGUCGAGGAGCAAGAAAAAAUGAUUUCGGCUAAGCAGAACGGGGGAAAGAAUGGCCAAAUUGCCUUUCAGCAACGCGACUUGGUGGCGUUGGCUUUCGCUGGAGACAACGUUGUUCAGCAAUUUGAAGAAGUCAAACGCCGCGAAAUGGCUGAAGACGCCCCUCAGGAAGUCGACACUUCGCUUCCUGGCUGGGGUUCUUGGGGAGGGACUGGUGGUCGCAAACAGCCCCCGAAGCCUCAUCUUAUCAAAAAGAUGGGCACGGUCAUCAGUCCGCUGGAGAAGCUGUUCUAA